GAUGACGCCAUCACGGUGCGACAAGCGGUCCAUGGAGCAGCAGAGCCCCAUGGACUGAUGGACUAAUAACUCCUCAAGUUGUCUAAUAAACGCUUUCUAUGAUGUCUACUUUAAACAGCAGUGUGUUGGUAAUCAGUGUGUAUUUGACUCCCUCUCUGCCCUCUUAAAGCGGUCUGAGGUCACUGAUGGAGGAGCUGGAGCGGCUUCCUCCUGAAGUUUGGGUCUACGUCUUCAGCUACCUGACGACGGAGGAGAAGCACACGGUCCGGACCUGCUGCAGGUACAUGAAGAAGCUCGUAGACCACCCUUUCCUGUGGAGGAGCAACACUGUUGUUCUGUCUGACCUCCGCCGCUACACCUACGGCUUCUGGGACACCCUGAACCACCGCAAGCUCACCCGGGUGGCGGUGCGACAUCUACGGCGGAAAGAGUGGCGGCGGCUCGUCAAGUUCCUGCCGUCGCUCACUGCUAUCGUGUUCAUGGACGGAGAGAGACUGUACAGGCAGAAGUACCUGGAUAAACUGUCGCACUUCCCCCACUUGAAGGACUUUGGGGUGUGGAACGCCAGCUGGGACGAGGCGGUGCUGGGUCGGAGUCUGAGCGAGCACCUGCGGGAGCGGCUGACUCACCUGAGCGUGUGUAACGUGCGGCUGCCCUGCACGGUGCACCUGAUAAGCACCGUGGCACACCUGGUGAACUUAAGGUACCUGCUGUUUCACCAGCAGGGAGAGAGCUACUGGCCGGACAGGGUGAGACCCGUUCCCUGCAGCGUCUUCCACCACAUGCUGCUCAACUUGAAGAAGCUGAAGCACCUGUCCUGGGGGAUGAGGGGGGAGCCGCCAAAACCUCUGGAUGAUGAUUACUUCAGCCCCACAGACCCAGAGCAGCCAGGAGCUCCUCGGUACAGCGGUCCGGCACUCACCAGUCUGGAGCUGUUGGAUUACCCAGAAUCCAUCCUGCCAGAGAACGCCCUGAGAAGUCUGACCUCCCUCAGGUCAUUGACGGUGCGCUACAGCUACAUGAGAGAGGGCAUCAAGUGUCGCCUUAAGUCCUGGUUGAGUCCUCUUCAACAGCUGGAGACCCUCACCAUCAUUGGUGGUAACACUCUUGCUUCCUAUACGACCACCCUCCCAUCCUCAGUGACCCGGCUGACGCUGCGUGUGGGCAUAACUCUGAAAGACAUUGACUUGAUCGCGCCUGCAGUCCCGGGACUCCAGCACCUGGACAUCGAGCAGAAUCGAUCUAGCGGCAGCCUCUGCAGACGGAUCCCUAUGUUGUUUCCUCAGCUCAAGACGCUCAGGAUACGGUUUCUCCGUAAAGAACCAGAGAAGGACCUCCUGAACCUCCUCCGGCUGCAGCACCUGGAGCGUCUGGAGCUGCUGGUGGAUCGCUCAUUCAUCCACCAGGAUUACUUGAACAAUCACAUGUGGCCCAGCCCGAGCGUGCAGGAACUGAUUGACCAGCUCCGAAGGCUGUCGCAUAACCGGAUCAGCGUCGUCACGAAGAUGCGUCCGAGAAACCUCCUGAGAGAGUGUGACUGUUUGAGUGAAGUCGACUGAGAGGACAGACUUUGAGAAGGUUUAAGUUUGAAGAAGUCAGUCACCACCAGAGUCAAGAACGGGAAAUGAAAAGACGUCAGAGAACCUGAAGUGGAGACUGUUUGUUUUUCUUUUUAAUCAGGCUUAAAGCCCUUUAUUCUGUCAGGGAAGGACUGUGGAUAGAGCAGGAGACAGAGUGGGGAGUGACAUGCAGGAAAAGGCCCAUAGGUUGUAGUCAAACCCUGUCCCUGGGGAAAGACUUGAAUGAAUUGUUUAAUUUAUGUUACUGAGAAAUAAGAAGCACAGAGUGAUGAGUUAUAUGAUGGUUGUUCACUUAUGAAAUAAGGGCUUUGGAAAUGUUAAUCGUACUGAAGUAAUUAUGACAACUUGUAAACAUUGAGGACCGUCAGUAUUUACUUUAAGAGAUCAAUGAGGAACAAAGAGAGAAUAUGAGACUGUAUUAGAUAAAGGCCUGGUGUUCUUCAGAUAUCAGUGGGAAAAAAAGCAGCAUUAAUGAAUUAAUGAAUUAAAUACAGUCUUCAUCAGUGAAUAAAUACGGACAUGAUGUAUCCUGUAUUUACGUGCACAACUGGCUUUAAAGGCGAGUCAGAAUUUUUAUUUCUGUUUAAACGGCAAGCAAAUUAGUUGCUUCAGAAUAUCCUUAUUUUUUAAAACAGAUAAAGUAAUAUAAGUUUUAAAUUCAGUCUAAGAAAGCGAAUGCUACUAUCAUGGAAAAGAUCAAUGUUUUAUUUUUAGUUAUUCUUAACUGAAACUGUUGCUACUGCAGUACUUGUCAGACUUAAUGACAAACAAAAUGCUGCUAAAACUAUAUAUUUUUUAUUUUAUAUAUUUCACAGCAGAGCUUUUUCUGAAAUAUAUAUUUGAUGGUUUAAGGAAAGCAGGAUGAGACAUUAUCUUAAAUAAAAACUACCUGAAGCUCAUGUGAGGACCUUUCAGUUUAUGUUGAUUUUGGCGCCCCCUGUGGAAACAGUGCUUCCCUAUUUCUCUUGUUCUGCAGCUGUUAGUAAUGUUUUGUGAUAAACAAUCUCAUCCUGCUUUCUUUAAACAGUUAAUUAUAUCACUCAGUGUGAAUCUUUAAUGUGGAGAUGUAAACAAAAUCUGUUUCUGCAGCACGCUGUAACUCACCUCACAGUCAUUAGCAGUAGCAUUAAACAUGUCACUGAUGGUCUGCUGGGUCAGAGAGGUUCUACGUUUCAGUCUGGACGCUUUGUUUUAUGUUCACUCUCAUGGUGAUGAUGCAUUUAAAGUAAUUGUCCAAGACAUUAUAGUUUCAAAAAGCAGCCUCUGGAUGUGUACGCUUUGUGCACGCUGCAUUCAGUGCCAUUCUUGUGCAAAAUUUAAAGUCACUUGAGCCGUUUACAUUAGAAAUCGCCCCUUCAGUUUUUCUUUGAACAUAAUUUAAUACAAAGUGGAUCUAAAGUGACAAUGUGUUAUGAGGAGUAGAUUUUUUUUACACUUGACUUUUGAUUUAAGAAAGCUCCUGUCCCUGUAUUUCACUGAUGAUUAAAAGCCUGCUUUGUUUUUUGUGCAGCAAAAAUCCUCUCAGUUGUUUGUGAUCAGUUGAAUGUUGAUCACUGGGACAAAAUGCAUUAAAGAAAAUUCAGUC